AUGGAAAACUAAGUGAAUUAAGAAUAAAUUAUUGGUUAAAUAACUACACUUAAUAAUUCACUUUGUAUCAAAGUUAAUGAGAAAUUAUCUGCUCUCUAGAAUUAAGAAUUAUAUUCAUAAUGUAAGAGAACUUUAAUCAAUUUAAAUUUAAACCAUCAUAUUAAAUUAAUAGAUGAUUCAAUUAAAUAAACUGUUACUUGUUAUGCUAUAUCUUUUAAUUUAUCUGGAUCGCUCAUGAUCUCAGCGUCUAAUAGUAAAAUUAAAGUAUGGAAUUUUGAGCAAGGAAGAAUGAAUGAAAUUAGCACAAUUAAUGGACAUACUUAAACUAUAUCUUGUCUUCAAUUUAGUAAGAAUAGCAAUAGUUUUUUAUCUGCCGGUUUUGAUAAUUCUAUUCGAUGUUGGAAAUAAGUUAAUUAAAAAGAAUGGAAGAGUUCCUAAUCUUAUUUAUAGCAUACCAAUUGCAUAGAUUGUUUAAUUUUAAAUCAAUUUGAAAAUUAACUUGUUUCUGGAGGAAGAGAUAAUUCAAUAAAAAUUUGGAAAAUAGAUUUUGUUAAUAAUUAAUUAAUCUAUUUUUAUUCAUUAGACAAACAUAAAAGUAGCGUUAAUAGUUUAUGCUUAAAUCAAACCGAAGAUACUUUGGUUUCUUGUGGAGCUGAUAAGUAGCUAAUAAUUUGGAAAUAAGAUAAUAAACAAAAAUGGAAAUUUGAAUAUGUAGUUACAUAAUCAAUUUAAGAAUUUGGAUGCAGAUUAUGCUUUAUAAAUGAAGACUAAUUUAUUUUUGUUACAGGAAAUUAAGUAAGCAAGGAUUGUAUAAGCACAUUUGAACUAAAAAAUUAAAAAUAUCAAGAAAACUUUGAAAAGGAACUAAGACUAAACAAAAAUGAUUAACAAUCUGAUCUCAAUUUUUUUCCAAUCUGUUAUGACAAAAAAAAGAAUUUAAUGAUUGUAAAACAUAAAAAUUAUGUUUAUUUGAUCAAAAAAUCAAAUGAAGGCCAUUAAAUAAUCUCAUAGAUAAAAUAUUAAUCAAAUGGUAUGAUUGGAGCAUUAACUAAUGAUGGAAAAUAUUUAGUAACUUGGGAUGAAGUGGGAUAGAAAUUCAAAGUGUAUGAAUUAUAUAUUAAUUGA